AUGCUUUCCAUUGCCUUAUUUCACUCCCUUCUUUUCGCAGGCUUGACCUCUGCAUACAAGAGCGAUGUCUUGCGUUCCUUCGAUAUUUCCUACUCAAACAGUUCCUGCCCUGCUGGCUUGCCUUUAUCGUGCAGCAACACGACUGUCGUGGAAGACCUCUGCUGCUUUGAGUCCCCAGGAGGCGUAGUAUUGUUAGCACAGUUCUGGGACUACAGCCCAGGCUUGGGACCAGAGGACGCCUUCACCAUUCACGGUUUGUGGCCUGACAACUGUGACGGGACCUACCAGCAGUUCUGUAUUCCAUCGUUGGAGAUUACUGACGCCAGAGCCGUGUUGAAUAAGUUUGGCGACGAGGAUCUCUUGGCCUACAUGGAUAUAAACUGGAAGAACGGUAAUGUCACUGCGGGAGACAACGAUUUGUGGAUCCAUGAGUAUAAUAAACACGGUACCUGUUACUCCACCAUCAACCCUUCAUGUUACAGCAAUUACACCGAAGGGCAACAGGUUGCUGACUUCUACAAACUCACCGUGGCCACCCACAAGCAGCUUCCUACCUAUGACUGGUUGAAGGAAGCCAACAUUGUGCCCUCCACCACCAAGAACUACACCAGCUCUGAGAUUGAGAGCGCUUUGUCGAGCAAGUUCGGGAAGAAGGUCUACAUCAGCUGUGACAGUGGAAACAACUUGAACGAGAUCUGGUACUACCACCACGUCCAGGGUUCGCUUUUAGACGAAAACUUUGUGCGCAUCGACCCGGUGUCUAACUCUACCGGUUGUCCAGCCACCGGUGUCAAGUACACCCCGAAGAUCAUUGCUACCCCGGGUUCCAAUUCCACCACCAAUACCACCAAUGGAACCGUUGAGCACGCGUCUCUGAAUGCUGCUGUGCAGGUAGCUGGUAACGCUUUGGUCUAUGGUGUUUCCGGGGUGGCUGCUGCCUUCCUUGCGUUGUUGUAG